AGAAGCUCCUGGCUUUGUUUUCGCUGAUGCUGGGGGGAGAGAAGAUAGUCGAGUGUGUCCCCAACUCUCCGAGGGCCGGCGUGCCGACGAUGGUGGAGGCUAUAGCGGCUGCAGUCAGGGAACGGAAGGAUGCUCCUGCUCGACGUAGCCCCGGGGACUCCACUAAACGGACAGUCUACACGUUUGUCGGACGUCCGGAAUCAGUGCUGGAGGGAGCGCUUGCCGCCGCGCGCGUCGCCUUCAAGCUCAUUGAUAUGACCAAACAAAAGGGUGAACAUCCAAGACUCGGUGCUCUAGACGUCUGUCCCUUCAUCCCCGUUGCCACGUUACCAUGGAGGAAUGUGCCGGAGUUGUCACGGAGAUGAGCGGGUGUCGCCUGCAACG